CGCAGGACAGACUUCCGUUUCCGGUGUCACUUUCAUUUCUGUCCCCGCUGCUCACAUCAUGGACUCCGCGCUCAGAGAACGAGUGGGUCAGGUUCUGUUGCCGGGGGACGAGUUCUGCUGCGACACCGACGGCGUCAUCUCUCUGUCGGACACCGUGAGGCCGGAGAAGGUUCUGUGCGGACCGGGUCUGAGGCGCAGCGGAGACCGGCUGCUGGUCUGUAAGAGCGGCGUCCUGCGCCACAAAGAGCCCAACGUGUUCUGGAUCGACUCCCAGCAGUGGCGGUAUGUCCCGGUCAAAGGGGAGACAGUGAUCGGCGUGGUCGCUGCAAAGUCCGGAGACGUCUUCAAAGUGGACUUUGGAGGCAGUGAGCAGGCGUCGCUGACGUAUUUGUCGUUUGAAGGAGCGACGAAGAGGAACAGACCCAACGUUCAGGUCGGGGACCUGGUCUUCGCUCAGUUCAUCGUAGCGAACAAGGACAUGGAGCCGGAGCUGACGUGCAUGGACAGUUCUGGACGAGCCAAUGGGAUGGGCGUGUUCGGAGGAGGCGGGCUUCUCUUCAGAGUCUCUCUGGGACUCGUGCGAAGGCUGCUGUCGCCCGGCAGCGAGCUGCGCUCUGACCUGGAGAAGCUCCUCCCCUGUGAGCUGGUGGUCGGGAUGAACGGACGCGUGUGGACGCGAGCGGCCGACGUCCAGAAGACGCUCGUCCUCGCCAACUUACUGCAGAGCUGUGACACCAUGAGCUGCUCGCAGAGACGCCAGCUGUUCUCCAGGGUCCGACAGGGGGCGCUGUAGAGUCUGUGUGUGUGUGUGUGUGUGUGUGUGUGUGUGUGUGUG